AUGACUAUCGAUAACAGCAACACAUUCGAGGGCCGUAGAGUGCCCGUGGCUUCGACCAAUGGGUUCACCAACGGGCAUUCCAGCGACGAUGUCGCCAAUGUGCCGGUUAAUGGUGAGUCCACGAACGGAGUCUCUGCCGAUAUCAACAGCAGGAACGGUGUUUUGGGCACUGCAACUCAUACUAAUGGCCAAAUCCCCAUCGCUAUCUGUGGUAUGGCCUGUCGUCUCCCAGGAGGCUUGACUACACCCGAAGAACUCUGGGACUUCCUCAUUGAAAAAAAAGACGGUCGAUGUCGUGUUCCUGAAUCGCGGUACAAUGUAGAUUCAUAUUAUUCAAACACAAAGAAGCCUGGAACUGUAUCGACGGAGUAUGGAUACUUCCUCGAUGAGAACGUCGAUCUCGGCGCCUUGGACAUGUCCUUUUUCACCAUGACGCGAACAGAGGUAGAGCGAGCUGACCCUCAGCAACGGCUCAUGCUGGAAGUCGCACGAGAGGCAUUUGAAGACGCCGGUGUGACCAAUUGGAGAGGCAAGACUAUCGGUACUUAUAUCGGUAACUUCGGAGAAGACUGGCUGGAGAUGCUUGGAAAGGAGAGUCAGCCAUGGGGUAUUCAUCGUAUCUCCGGUUCUGGCGAUUUCGUUGUCGCCAACCGUAUUUCUUACGAAUUCGAUCUACAAGGACCAAGUAUGACCAUCCGUACAGCGUGCUCCUCUGCCCUGGUCGCUUUAAAUGAGGCAUGUGCUGCCAUCAACCGAGGCGACUGCGGGUCAGCCUUGGUCGGUGGUGUGAACCUGAUCCUUGCACCAGGAAUGUCCAUGGCCAUGCAAGAGCAGGGUGUUUUGUCAAGCGAUGGCUCUUGCAAGACAUUCUCUGCUGAUGCCAAUGGGUACGCCCGCGGAGAAGCAGUCACCGCAGUCUAUAUCAAGCCGCUUGCAGAUGCAAUUAGGGACGGUAACCCUAUUCGAGCUGUCGUGAGAUCCACAUCCCACAACGUGGAUGGAAAGACCCCAACACUAUCACAGCCCAGCACACAAGCACAAGAAGCCCUGAUUCGGAGAGCAUACGAGCUUGGUGGUAUUACUGAUUUUGGCGAGACUGCAAUGGUUGAAUGUCACGGAACUGGGACCCCGACUGGAGACCCAAUCGAGGCAAAUGCUGUGGCCCGCGUCUUUGGAGAGAAGGGUGUUUAUAUCGGAUCAGUGAAACCGAAUCUCGGCCACACAGAAGCAGCAUCCGGUCUUGUGUCCCUUUUGAAGAUGGUGAAAGCACUCGAACAUCGCACCAUUCCACCGAAUAUCAAAUUCACCACUCCAAAUCCCAGCAUUCCAUUCGAUGAGGCCAAGCUCACAGUUCCCACUGAGCCCAUGCCUUGGCCUAAGGACAAGCUGGAACGUGUUAGUGUCAACUCCUUCGGCAUUGGAGGUGCUAACGCCCAUGUUGUUCUCGAGUCUGCGGCUACUUAUAACGUUCCGGAUGCAAUUUACGAAACGCCAGAGGAACCCCAGCUCCUGCUCUUCACAGCUAAUUCGGCCAAGUCGAUAACGAGGGUGGUCGACAACUGCAAGGAGUGGAUUGAGAAAAAUCCAGACAAGAUAAGCGAUUUGGCCUACACUUUGGCAAGAAGACGUGAGCAUUUGCCGCACCGAGCCUAUGCUAUCGUCACCAACGGGGCUAUCGAGAGCGUGUCGCAGCCCGCAAACCUCAAGUCUACGAAAGCGCCCAACGUUGUGAUGAUCUUCACUGGCCAGGGCGCUCAAUGGCCCCAGAUGGGACGUGAGCUGCUGCAAUCGAACAAGACUUUCAAGGCAAGCAUCCGAGCCCUCGAUGCGCACCUGCAGACCAUUUCCGGUGAAAAGCCGCAAUACUCGAUUGAGGCGGAACUCAAGAAGCCAGCUAAGAAGAGCCGUAUCGGCAUGGCGGAAUUCUCUCAGCCAAUGUGCACUGCUAUCCAGAUUGCUUUGGUCGAUACCCUCGCAGCCGCUGGAGUUGUCCCGGCCGCCGUCGUGGGUCAUUCCAGUGGUGAGAUCGCUGCCGCCUAUGCCUCCGGUGCUCUCACUGCUAAGGAGGCCAUUACCGCUGCUCACCAUCGUGGAGCCGUGACUACCAAGCAGAAAAGGCCAGGAGCCAUGGCUGCGGUUGGAAUGGGUUGGAGUGAGACUGAGAAGUAUCUUAUCCCGCACGUCUCCAUCGCUUGCGACAACUCUCCUAAGAGCGUUACUAUCUCUGGCGAUGUUGAUGCUGUCAAAUCUGUCAUCACUGCUAUCAAGCAGAAGCAGCCUCAAAUGCUCGCCAGGCAGCUCCAGGUCGACAAGGCUUACCACUCAUACCACAUGGAGGAGAUUGGAAGUGACUACCAAGCUUUGAUUGGCGAACAAGUGGUUGGAAAAACCCCAUCAAAGCUCUUCUUUUCCAGUGUGAGUGGAAGAAUCCUGGGUGCCGAGGACACCAUCGGACCCAAGUACUGGCAGGACAAUUUGGAGUCGCCUGUUCGAUUCCGCGAGGCUGUCACUGCCAUUCUGAAGCACGAGGUUGGCCAAAAUGCUGUCUUCCUUGAGGUCGGACCCCACGGAGCUCUCGCUGGACCAUUGCGACAAAUCCUCUCUCAAGCUCGCUCUUCUGCUCCCUAUAUUUCUACAAUGGCGCGUAACCAGGACUGCACCGCCUCGUUCCUGUCCGCUAUUGGAGGACUCCACUCACUCAACGUCAACAUUGAUCUCGAGGCCCUCUUCCCAAGUGGUAUCUGUUUGCCAGACCUUCCGCGCUACCCCUGGAACCAUGAAGGCAGCUACUGGUAUGAGUCUCGCCUCAGCAAAGAAUGGCGCAACCGCAAAGCUCCUCACCAUGACCUUCUCGGUGUAAGGGUGGCUGAGAGCAGCGACACUGAGCCUGCCUGGCGGAAUCUGCUCCACGUUACGAACGUGCCAUGGAUUCGUGACCACAAGGUCGGGGAGAACAUCGUCUACCCAUUCUGUGGCUAUAUUGCUCUUGCAGGCGAGGCCAUCAGACAGUUGACAAAUGUGAAUGGGGGAUUCAGCAUCCGCAACAUCAUCGUCAGCACAGCUCUGGUGCUCAGCGAAGGCAAGCCAACGGAGAUUAUGACUAACUUCCGGCCGCACCGUCUGACAAACUCCUUGAAUAGCUCAUGGUGGGAGUUCUCCGUCUCAGCCUACAACGGACGGAACUGGACCAAACACUGCUCCGGAGAGGUCUGCGCUCUGCCCUCCACCCCUGAAGAUGCUGUAGAGCCCGAGCCCCUGCCUCGAAAGAUUAAUGUCAGAAAAUGGUAUGAGAAGAUGAUUAAAGGUGGAUUGAAUCUUGGACAGUCUUUCCAGACCUUGGAGACUAUUGCCACUUCAACUUCUGAACAGCAGGCUCUUGGAAACAUCGCCAAUGGAAGACAAGGCGACGAGGGCAACUAUUUCAUCCAUCCCACCGCGCUCGACGGCACACUUCAGAUUCUGGGCGCGGCUGCCGUCAACGGCUAUGCUCGCAAGACCAAGACCUGGCUGCCGACUAGCAUCGACAAAGUGACCAUUCACCGAUGCUCCUCGGACAUGCUAAUCAGUUCGGCCGCGAAGCUUUCAAGCAACUUCUCCGUCGUUGGAGAUAGCCGCUGCAUAGCCGAGGGCAAAGAAGUCGUCGAAGCCACCGGAAUCCGGAUGUCUCUAGCUGAUGGCGCCGGCUCAGCUGAUUCGAAUGAUGACCACGCUGCUUCGCGAUGCGAGUGGAAGCCAGACAUCGACUUCCUGGACGUGAAUGAUCUUAUUCAUAUCCCAUCAGACCAUUCAGAGCAAUCGCGCUUGCUUGAAGAACUCGGAGAAAUCUGCUUGUUGUUGUCCCAGCGUCAUUUCACUGAAACCGCAAGCCAUUCAACUCUGCCCCAUCUGCAAAAGUAUAUUGCUUGGAUUCGAGCUCAAUCAACAUCGAUAGUGACCAAGCUGCCUUCAACCUGGACAGGCCUUGACACCCAGGCCAUCUCAGCCCGGAUUGAAAGCAUCAAGGCCCAGCUUGCUGAUACUUCUGCAGCCCCAGUCGCCAAUGUCAUCCAUCAGAUCUGCAAUAAGAUCGAUGCCCUACUCGCUGGUGAACCUUUGGAGGGUGUUUUGCAAGAGGGUGAUCUCGCCCGAGUCUAUGGGUUCUUGGGACAGCUCGAACGGGGCGAGUUCAUCCGGGCCCUGGGCCACUCGAAGCCCAACCUCCGUAUUCUGGAAAUUGGAACAGGAAAGGGCGUUUCGCUCCAUGGCGAAAUCAUCGCUGAGUUGACCCACGCAAAUGGAGAUGUUCUCUGCUCCAACUACACGCUAACCGCGCCGGGAUACGUCGUCUCUGAAUCCCAAGAAAAGCUAUUCCCCAACAUGGUCUUUGCUAGUUUGGACAUCAGCCGUGAUCCUUUCGACCAAGGAUUCGAGGAAGUCGGCUUCGAUCUCAUCGUUGCUUCCAAUGUUCUUUAUGAGACGAAGAAUGUUCAGGAAAGCUUGGUCAACAUCAAGAAGCUCUUGAGUCCAGAAGGUCGCCUCCUUCUGCAAGAGCUGUGCCCGUCAUCCAAGUGGGUGAACUAUGUGCUCGGUUUGCUUCCCACGACCUGGGGUGCUACUGACGAGCGCACCGACAUCCCUUACCUGAGACAGAGUGAGUGGGAAACAAGACUUAUUGCCGCCGGCUUUGGCAACGUGCAAGCUGUCACCGCCGAUGGAGAAGAGCCUCACCAAGUUACCACAACCAUGAUCGUAAGAAAUGUUCUUGAAAAGCCCUCGAACAAGAUCACUGUUCUUUUCGAACAAGAAGGCCCUGCUGUCAUCCAGGUUCUGAGAGAACUCGAGAAGCAAGGUUACGAGGUGAGCAAGUGCCAGUUGGGCGACGAGGCGCCCGUCGGACAGGAUGUUAUUUCACUCUUGGACAUCGAAAAGCCAUUCUUCCACGAUAUGGAUGAGGACCGAUUCCUGUCAUUCAAGACUUUCCUUCUUAGCCUCCAGGGGCGUGACGCCGGAAUGCUCUGGGCCACCCAUCUUGUUGACAUCGGCUGCCACGAUCCUCGCUAUGCUCAGGUUCUUGGUUUCGCCAGAACAGUUCGCACAGAGCAGCUGGCUGACCUGGCUACCUGCCAGGUUGACAGUUUCGAGAACCCCAAGUCCGUCGAGUAUCUCAUCCAAGUACUUGGCAAGUUCCAGACCCGACAGGGCGACCAGGAGCUGAAUCCUGAUUUUGAAUGGGUAAUCUCCAAUGAGCGCAUUCAGGUUGCUCGUUUCCAUCCUUUUGUUUUGACAGACAACCUAUUGGUCCCAGAGGACUCAAACGAGAUGGCUACUCUGAAUGUUCGCACUCCUGGUCGUGUCAACAGUCUGCACUACCAACGUCAUGCACGACAGGAUCUUGACAAGGACGAAGUUGAAGUCGAAGUAUACUCUGCCGGUUUGAACUUCCGCGAUAUUCUGGUCGCUCUCGGAAUCGUUGAGCUUCCUGUCCGUCUCUUCGGCAUCGAGGCCGCUGGUAUUGUUAGGCGCGUUGGAGCCGACGUCAGCCCUGACAAUCUCCAAGUUGGUGAUCGCGUCGUUUGCUUCUGCCGAAAGGAUGCUUUCUCGACAUACACCACUACCCUGGCUGAUGUCUGUGUUCGCAUUCCCGACAGCCUGACCUUCAACCAGGCUGGAACGAUGCUUAUACCUUAUUUCACUGCAAUCCACUCGAUGAUCAACGUUGGACGGGUCACCAAGGGCCAAUCUGUCAUGAUCCACAGUGCCUGCGGUGGUGUUGGCCUGGCAGCUAUCCAGGUCGCCCAGAUGUUGGAGGUAGAGCUGUAUGUCACAGUUGGCAAUGAGGAGAAGGUGAAGUAUCUGAUGGACAAUUAUAACAUACCGAGAAACCGCAUUUUUAACUCCCGUGACAAGUCCUUCGUUGAUGGGGUCAUGCGGGAAACUAGAGGCCGUGGCAUGGACUUCAUCCUGAACUCCCUGUCCGGUGAGCUUCUGCACGCUACCUGGAGCUGUGUUGCGGAGUUUGGAACGCUGCUUGAGAUUGGAAAGCGAGAUCUGAUCGGCUCCAGUAAGCUCGACAUGAAGCCUUUCCUGGCUAACCGCAACUACUGCUGUGUGGACAUCGACGGCUUGUGGAAGAGAAUCCACAUCGCCAGAGCCCUCAUCUUCACCAUCUUAGACCUCUAUGGCAAGGGACACAUCUCUCCAUUGCCAACGACGAUCUUCCCUGCAGCUCAGACCCAGGAUGCGUUCCGCUUCAUGGAGAAGGGUCUUCACAUUGGUCGCGUUGGUGUAGCGAUCAAAGAAGCAGCAGAGGAGACGGGCAUUGCUUUCCCAACCACGAAGAGGGCGCUGGCGGUGUCGUUCCCCGGAAGCGCGUCGUACCUGAUGAUUGGCGGGCUUGGCGGCAUUGGGCGCGCUGUCUCCACGUGGAUGGUUGACCACGGCGCCCGCGAGAUUAUCUACAUGUCCCGCAGCGCUGGCCUCACCAACAAGGAUGAUGCCUUCAUCCACGAACUCCAGAGCAUGGGCUGCUCUGUCAAGCUGGUCAGUGGAGAUGUCACAAAGCUUGAGGACGUCAAUGAGGCCAUUGCUGCCGCGACAUCCCCCCUGAAAGGUAUUGUGCAGAUGUCCAUGGUCGUCGCCAACGAGAACUACACCAGGAUGAGUUUCUCCGAGUGGACCGCAUCGGUGGCACCAAAGGUCCAGGGAACUUGGAAUCUGCACAAUGCGUCUGUGGCCGCAGGCUUGGACCUCGACUUUUUCCUGAUGUUCAGUUCUGUCUCCGGAAUCGUCGGACAGGCUGGUCAAGCAAACUACGCCAGUGGAAACAGUUUCCUUGAUGCUUUCGCCCAAUAUCGCAACGAUAUGGGCCUAGCAGCUUCCGUAGUUGACAUGGGUGCUGUCGAGGACGUCGGUUGGAUUUCAGAGCACCAGGGUAUGAUGGGCAAAAUGUCCCGCAGCGGUUUCAAGCCUGUGUCGGAGCAGGAGGUCAUUGAUGCCAUGGCGAUCGCCAUGUUGGCUCACAACAAGCCCGAUCAAGCUGCUAAGAAGGUACUUGCUACUUCGUCCAAGAACAACUUCUAUUUCCUCCACAAGAACACCUUCCUCGUUGGUCUAGCUCUACUCAUUCCCCUACACGACCCUAGCAACUACGUGAUCUGGAAGAAGGACCGCCGCAUGGCCUCUUACCACAACAACUCCGUGGUUGGCAUCACUGCUGGCUCUACCGAUGUCCUCAAGUCUUUCUUGGCCAACGCCCAGGCGGACCCCUCGAUUCUGAAGUCCGCUGAGGCAUCAAAGCUCUUUGCUGUUGAGAUCGGCAAGAAGCUCUUGGAUCUGCUGCUCAAGCCCCAGGAGGAUCUCAACACCAGCUUGCCGCUGCUCGACCUUGGACUUGACUCUUUGGUUGCUCUGGAGCUGCGUGCUUGGAUUAAGCAGGUGCUUGCAUUCGAUCUUCCUGUGUUGGAGAUGAUGAGUAUUGGAUCUCUUGAUAUCCUCGGUCAACAUGCUGCCAAUGAGAUGUUCCGGAUUGCAACCGAGAACAAUCAGGGCUAGAUGGUCUGUCUUCUUUUUAGAUGUCGUCUUAGGGGAAAAGGAUGUACCUUUUGUGUCAUAUACUUACUACAAAACAAAUUGCUUUUUAACUCGAUACUUGAGUAAGAAAACCGCA